CAUUAAUUGGAUUAGACCCUACCUACAUCUUGCUACAUACGAAUUGAAGCCUCUUUUUGAUAUCUUAAAGGGGGAUAAGAAUCCUACCUCCCCACGCAGCCUCACAGAAGCUGGAGAGCGAGCUCUUCAGAAAGUAGAAACUGCCUUAUCACAGCAGCACUCCAGUUACUGUGACUAUGAAAGGCCUUGGGGACUUUAUAUUCUUGCCUCAGAACAUUCACCUACCGGUGUGUUGUUUCAAGAUAAUCCUUUAAGGUGGAUUUAUCUAUCAGUCUCUCCCCUACGGGUAUUAAGUCCUUACCAUGUUCUUGUAGCCAAAGUAAUAGCAAAAGGAAGACAGGAAUCUGUGACUUAUUUGGGAAGAGAUCCCCACUUUAUUUGUAUUCCUUUUUCAACUGAACAGCAACUAUGGCUCUCUCAAUUUUCUGAUGAUUGGGCAAUUGCGCUUGCACAGUAUGCAGGGGAGAUUAAACAACAUUACCCUGCUAAUAAAUUGUUACAAUUUGCACAGCUGCAUCAGUUUAUUUUUCCAAAAGUCGUACAGCAAUGCCCUUUGAGAAAGGGGACAACUGUCUUUACUGAUGGAUCUUCCAAUGGCAUAGCCAGUUUGGUAAUCGAAAAUGAAUCUUAUUAUUGUCAAACCUCAUAUUCAUCAGCUCAGGAAGUAGAGCUUUUUGCAGUACUCCAGGCUCUGCAACGUGUUCCUCAAAGUUUUAAUUUAUACUCUGACAGUCAUUAUGUUGUCAGAGCUCUCUCAGUCAUUGAAACAGUACCCCUCAUUGGAGCUGCUAAGGCCUCUAUUCAAACCUUGUUUUUGAAAAUUCAGAAACUCAUUCGAGCCCGAACUCAUCCUUGCUUUUUUGGGCACAUACGUGCUCACACUGCCCUUCCUGGGCCUUUAGCGGCUGGGAAUGCUCUGGCUGAUGAAGUCACCCGUACGGUAUGUUAUUCUUCCUUAACCCUUACCUCUGCAGCACAGGCCUCUCAUGCAAUACACCAUCAGAAUAGCAAUUCAUUACGGCUGCAAUUUGGAAUUUCUCGGGAAGCCGCUCGUCAAAUUGUAAAAGCUUGUCCUACUUGUCCACAGUUUUUUGUGCUCCCAACAUAUGGAGUCAAUCCUCGGGGUUUACUCCCCAAUGAUUUGUGGCAAAUGGAUGUUACACAUAUUUCUGAUUUUGGAAAAUUGAAAUAUGUGCAUGUUACUAUUGAUACUUUCUCUGGUUUUAUCAUGGCCACACUUCAAUCUGGAGAGGCUAGCAAGCAUUGUAUUCAGCAUUGCUUACGGAGUUUUUCUGCUAUGGGCCUACCUAAAUGCAUCAAAACAGACAAUGGCCCUGGAUAUGUUGGCCGCAAUUUUCAAACCUUUUGUGCCCAGCUGCGCAUUGUACACAAGACUGGAAUCCCAUAUAACCCACAGGGCCAAGGAAUUGUUGAGCGGGCACAUCAAACCCUUCAGCACCAACUGAAAAAAUUAAAAAGGGGGAGUUUGUAUGCUAUUACGCCUAACAAUCUUCUUAGUCAUGCUUUGUUUGUUUUAAAUUUUCUGAGCCUCGAUAAAAAUGGAAAAUCAGCAGCUCAACGUUUUUGGCACUAUGAUAAUAAAAAGGCACGGCCAUUAGUCAGAUGGAAAGACCCGCUGGAAGGCAGAUGGCAUGGGCCGGAUCCAGUUCUAAUAUGGGGGAGAGGUCAUGUUUGUGUUUUCCCGCAGAAUGCUGAAGCGCCGCGCUGGCUCCCGGAAAGGUUGGUACGCACGGCAGAGGAGUUCACUGGUAGAGCGAAUGAGACAGCUCACAAUCCAGGAGACGGUCCCGCUGCCGACAGCUCAGCAGAUACAGGCACUGUUACAGAUGGCAUAUGCAGAAUACUUUGGUUAUGAUUAUGACCAUGACCACCGUAAUUGGAUAGUGGAUAUUCCUAGCAUUACGAAAUCUACAGGAGAUGCACGACGAGUCAAUGGAACCGGACCUAAAGACAUUCCAUUUUGUGGCCUGGGGGUAAAAGGACGAUAUAUAGCUGUGCCAUGGAAACUUUGUAGAGAUGAGACUGCUACUGUAUAUUCUAUUACUAAUGACACACAUUCACUUUGGGACUGGUCGCCAGACUCCAACAGGAACCCCGGAAAGGAAGGCGGCAGACAACUUGCAGCUAGAAUUUGGAAUCUUGGUGGCACCACGGUGUAUCAGACUGAGAUAUGGAAGCUGUUGGCUGCUUUCAGAACAGAUGGGUCCCUUUUACGGACUGGAGGAAAGACCAAAGGAGUACUAUCCUGGAGAGCGUAUUGGUGGAAUGAGACUUGGAGAUAUCCUCGGGCCUGCGUACCCUAUCCCUUUAUGAUCCUUGUUGGCUCUGUGACUCUUUCAAAAAAUGCUGGCCUAUAUCAUGUUCAUUGUUUUAAUUGUACCCUGACUAAUUGUAUAAGAGGUAUGGAAAAUAAUUCUGGGGCUCUGAUAGUUAAACAACCACCCUUUGUCAUGAUGCCUGUAAAUCUUACUGAGCCCUGGUAUGAAGAGUCAGGGCUUGAGCUGUGGAAUAAAGUGCGUACAGCCCUUGCUAGGCCACGAAGGGGGAUAGGAUUAAUAAUUCUAGGAGUAGUAACGCUUAUAACUUUAAUUGCUUCUGCUACUACUGCUUCUGUAUCCUUAGCUCAAUCUGUACAUACUGCUAAUAUUGUAGAUGAUUUAGCAAAGAACACUUCAAAAGCUUUAGGAAUUCAGGAAGAUAUAGAUAGAAAACUAGAAGAUAGGCUAAAUGCCCUCUAUGAUACCGUGAGAUUUUUGGGAGAAAAAAUAUUAGGCUUAAAACUGAGGGCAAAAAUCAGGUGUCAUGCUAACUAUCGUUGGAUUUGUGUAACUCCAAAAAUUUAUAAUAAUACUGAGACCCCUUGGAAUAAGAUAAAAUUACAUUUAGAUGGUAUUUGGCAUAAUGAAAACAUUUCCUUAGAUCUAUUACAACUUCAUCAGGAAAUUCUUGAUAUAAAAAAUGCUCCUCGGGCUAGUAUGGAUUUGGCAGAAAAUGCUGAAGAGUUUGUUAAAAGUUUGUUUUCCAAUUUUCCUUCAAUAACCUCACUUUGGCAUCUUUUUUCAGGGGUCGUGGCCAUGCUUCUGGUAUUAGCGCUUUUUGUGUGCAUUACUCCUUGUAUCAUAAAGAAAUUUGUCAAAGAGUUGUGGGACAUCAAGGCUGUCCUACACAGUAAUUAUUUACGCCAAAAGAAUCAGGCGUGCCAUUUUAUUUAAUAAAAGAGGGGGAGCUGCGGGGAGCGGCUUGAAAAAGCUGACUCUGGGAGCUGCCUUGAUUGAUCAUCAAGGGUCUGUUCGCAGACAUAGCUCUCUGUCCCGCCACCCUGCG